AUGAGUAAUUCCGAGUUACUCAAACUCAAUGAUGGGGCUGACCUUACAGAUGCAACUCGCUAUCGCCGAGUCCUAGGCAGACUUCAAUAUCUGUCUUUUACAAGGCCGGACAUUUCCUAUGCGGUCAACAAACUAUCCCAGUUUAUGCAAUCACCAUCAGACCUACAUUGGAAAGCUGCGAAACGUGUUCUCAGGUAUCUUCGUGGUACAAUCCAGUUUGGCCUCCGUGUAUCCCCAAAUUUUGAUUUUAAUCUGCACAUGUAUUCUGAUGCCGACUGGGCUGGAGAUCUCACUGACAGAUCCUCCACAUCUGGCUAUAUUAUGUUUCUUGAUCGUAACCCAAUCAGUUGGUCUUCAAAAAAGCAGAAAAUUGUCGCUCGCUCAUCAACUGAAGCUGAAUAUAGAGCUGUUGCCAGCGCUCUAGCUGAAUUGUUGUGGGUAACCUAA